AUGACGGCGCCGCUGCUUCAUUACUUCCGGGUGGCCGAUCUUCAUCUGAGCCCGGCUCUUCAGAAAAAGGCGGCCGAUGCGGGAUUCACCAUGGUCGGCAGCGAGAUCUGUUUCAACAUCCAGGCUACUGGGUCCCUGGAUGCCGACGAGACGAAGAAGUUGGAGUACCUCCUCUGCGAAACCUUUGAGCCCGAGAAGUUCGGCUCGAAGAGCUUCCUCACCGGCACCGUCAUGGAGGUGGGUCCCAGGCAGCAGUUCACAAGUGCCUGGUCAACCAACGCGGUGUCGAUUUGCCAUUCCAUUGCUCUCACCAAGAUCGUUCGCAUUGAGAAGUCUCGCCGCUAUCAGGUCCAGGCUUCGGGAGCCGCAGAUCCAGCGAAAUUCCUGCAGCUUGUCCACGACCGCAUGACGGAGUGCGAGUAUCCGAAGGGCAUCAGUACCUUCGAGGAGCAUCAGGAGCCUGAGAAGUGGAGCACCGUCCCGGUCAUGGCCAAGGGCGCGGCGGCGCUCGAGGAGUUGAGCAAAGAGAAGGGCCUGGGCUACGACGAGCAGGACAUUGCCUACUACCUGCGCGUCUUCCGCGACGAGCUGAAGCGCGACCCGACGACGGUGGAGUGCUUCGACCUUGCCCAGGGAAACUCGGAGCACAGCCGUCACUGGUUCUUCGGCGGGAAGGUGGUCAUCGACGGCGAGGACAUGCCGCUGACGCUGUUCCAGUGGGUCAAGCGGCCACUGAAGGAGAACAUCGGCACCUGGCCUGUUUCGGCGGGCUAG